AUGCACUCUGGAGGAAAACAAAUCGACCGCUCUGCUUCACAUCCCAGCUGCAGCUCGUCCUGUGUGAAAAUAUACUUAUGCUCCAACCCAGAGGACAGUGUGGUGGAGCGUAGAGCUCUGAGAGAGAAUGUGUUCCCCAGAUUCAGAGAGCACUGCAGACACUCACUGGGGCUGGAAGUCAGGGUGAUCGAUCCGUUUGAGUCCAGUGAUCCCAGGCACUGGCCUGAUGAAAGCAGCAGACAGCAGCUGAUACAAGAAUGCAGAGAAAACUCUGCUGGACCUUUUUUACUAGCUCUGGUAGGACACCAGUAUGGCCCAGCCAGCCUGGCCACCCAGGUGGAGGUGUCAGAGUACCAGCUGCUGCUGCAGGAGAGCCAGCAGGCGGGCGUCAGCACCCAGGAGCUGGAGAAGGUUUACCAGAGGGACGAGAGCAGCGUCCCUGCCUCCUACUGCCUCCGACCUCCACGCAGAUACACCUUUUCUCUGCAGACAGAGGUUAAGGAGGAGGAGCAGAACAAAACAGAGGCUAAAGAUGCAGAGCUGAGGAAGGUGUUUCAGACAGCUGUGAGUCUUUGUGUCCACAGUGACCUUAUGACCCCAGAGAAAGCCAAAGGCUACUACAGAUCAGCCCUUGAUGCAGAUCUGCGAUUUGCUCUGGACAACCGUCCUGAUAACAACAUGGUGAGACGCUGCUUGGUCUAUGUCCACAAGGUCAUCAAUGCAAGAGGAGAGAGAGACAAAAGUGAGACGAAUUUACAGCUGCAGCCAAAAUCAGAGUUUGAGACGUCUGACCAGGCCGCUCUGAGGAAAACACCCACCAGCGAUGAAUUAUUGUCAGAGCUUCGUGACGUCUUCCUCCCUGCUCUCGUCACUUCCUCCAAACUUCUAGUCUACGCCACAACCACUGAGUGCGACCGUCGCCAUGGUUACACAACGACCAGGAGGCGGGGCUAUGUCGAGCGUCUGUGCCAGCAGGUUUACUCUGACCUCGUGGGGUUGAUGGACGACCUGAACAUCUCUGAAGACUGUGACCUCGGCGAUGCUUUAUCCCGAGAGGAGGCCGAGCAGAAGGAGCUGUGUGACAUCCUCGCUCGAUUUUACGACGUCCAUCAGCCGGAGGAGGAAAAGGUCAGAGCCUAUGUGGAGCAGAGGGACCAACAGCGCCCACUGGUGGUGAUGGGAGGACCAUGCACAGGGAAGACAGUCCUGCUGGCACACUGCACUCAGCAGAUCAAGUCUUGGCUGUCAGACAGCGAUCCUGUGGUGAUCGGUUAUUUUUGCAACCUGUCAAUCAAUACUUCACCAAAGCAUCUUCUGUCCAGCCUUUGUUAUCAGAUAGUUUGCAGAUAUCACACUGACUCCUCCUCAAAGCAGGAUCCCAGCUUCAACCCGAGCGCUGAUCCAGACAGUCUUAGGUGUAUCACAAACCCCAGAGAGGACAAAACCAGCUGCAGUCCAACAUCUGUUCUAGAUUCUCACCAUGAACCCACCAAAGAGCAGAACCUGAACAUAUCCUGUCCAGAUCCUAGAGGAUUCACUUCUGACAUCAUUAAACCUGACGUUUGUCUGUCUGAACUUAAAGAACAUCUCUCAUCCCUCUUCACCCUCCUUCCUUCUACCAAACGGCCUCUCAUUUUGUUCCUUGAUGGCUUGGAUCAACUCGAAAACAACUUUGGCCCUCAGAUCAUCAAGAGCCUCCCCUCCUCCCUUCCACCAGGCGUCAAACUCAUCCUCACGGUUUCCUCCAACCGAAAACAUCUCCUGCAAGUCAUCAAACUACAUUACCCACAAGGCGGUCCUCCUCAGUGUGUGUCAGAGGGUGAUGGGGAGGUAUCAGGAUAUGUAUGUGUGCAGCUGGGAUUGGUGGACAGGAAACAGUGUGUGAAGAUGCUGACGUCGCUGCUGAGAGGUUCAGGGAGGAGGGUGACUUCAGGACAACAAGCUCUGGUGAAUCAGGCGCUGACGUCCUGUUGUCUUCCUCUCUACGCUCGACUCCUGCACGCACACGCCUCGCUGUGGCACUCCGAUUCAGAUGUGACUGAGUCGUCUCUCCCCGACGGCAUCCAUUCAUCCAUUUCUUUUCUCCUGGAUCACCUCGAACAGAUACACGGCUCUACCCUCAUGGCUCGUGCCGUCUCUUACCUCACCCUCUCUCGGACUGGCCUCUCGGAAGUUGAGCUUGUUGACCUGCUGUCCAGUCAAGACGAAGUUCUGGCUGAGCAUGUCUGUCCCAGUGAAGGCGCUCAAUCUAAGAUGAGGAUCCCACAAGUUGACGUGGAGAGACUUCUUUUGGAUUUAAAGGGCUUUCUUAUGAAAAGGAAAGUUGCUGAUUCGCAGGUUUUGUUCUGGGUGAGCCGGCAUUUCAAACUGGUUGUGGCUAAAAGGUAUUUAGGCUCUCAUGAGGUGCGGCGGAAGAUUCAUUCGGAGAUGGUGGACUAUUUUAGUGGCCGUUGGGCUUGUGGAAGUGAGGAACCACUUCUUGUAAACCAGACAUCUAGACUAAACAAGGCCUUGAAUGUAGACACAGACAGGCAGCCAACCAGUCAGCCUUUUGUCUUCCCUUCUUCCAAAGAUGUUGGUCGGGUAAACAUGAGGAAAGUCCUAGAAUUGCCUUAUCACUUGGAACAAAGUGGCAGGUGGGAGGAGUUGGAACAGGGGUUGUUAAUGUCAUUAGGGUUUCAUCAGGCGAUGGUUCAAGCUGGUCUUUUAGGAGAUCUGGUAGCCAUGUUGGAGCCCGAUGAAGGUUCAUUUCCGUAUCAGUUUUUAAGAGAAAGACUCCUCCUAGCAAGCACAUUGAAGUCUUCUGCUUGCUUCCUGCAGAGCUCACCUCUGCAGCUGCUCACAGUGAUGGAGACAAGCCUCCUCCCUUAUCUAGACGUCUUUCCUGCUCUCGAGUGUUAUGUCAGAGAGAUCAGAAAGGAGAGGAGGUGCAGAGAACGGGGAUUAGGAACAGCAAUUUGUCCUAGUCCCUCCACUGUUCUCCCCGUUCAAUAUAUAAAGUGCUACAACAAAACCAAGGAUGCUUGUGUAACAGAAACUGCUGCUACAGAGUGCGGGAUCGUAGCCGAGACACUGGAUGACGGGUCUGCUUGGAUCUUGAGUGACUCUGGACGCGAUAUAGUCAAACUGUCACUGAGCUGUAAACAGGAGGAGCUCAAGUUUGCAGGAGUGAAAAGCAGCAAUCAAUUCCUCCUGCUUUCAACUCAAUGCAACAAGUUGUUUGUGUGGGAUGUGGCUGGCCCAGAAAUGCUUGUAGAGGUUAAAGCCCAUUUGAAGAAAGACUUUGAGUGUAGCCAAACACCAAACAAAAUCGAGGGAUUUGCUGCUUGUCAGAAAAAGCUAUUUUUGUGGUGGAAAGAUGAGAGUUUUGUGAGUGUGUUUGACAUGUCCAGUGAGACCUUGACUCAUUUCCAGUGCCAGGGCUCUGUGACCUGUUUGGCUCUCUCCUCUGAUGGAUUUUUCAUGUUCUGUGGGCGGGAUGAAGGCACAGUGUCCAUAUUUGACAUCAAAGCCGGCAGUCUGCUUGGCACCUGUUCAAACUCAAACCACAGUGCAGUUACAUCGAUAAUCCUCUGUGAAGACAAGAGGGAAAUGGCGUGUAUUGACAGAAAUGGGAAUGUGUCCUUAUGGGAUGUGGCAGCCAAAUUACAACCGCCCAGACUUGUCAAAGAAAACUUCAAUCGGGGAGAAUCUAAUAACAUUCUCAGCAUGGAUCAUUCUGAAGAAAUCAAUACACUUCUGGUGUGUCAAGCCAACCAGGUUUCUCUGUGGGAUACAUGUAACUGGGAGCUGUGGGACCAAUUCUUGGCUCCAAAAGGGAAGGCCUUCACUCAAGCUGUGCUCUCCCAGGACGGCCACCUUUUCUUGGCUUUGUUAGACACCUGCAGUCUUGUCUUGGUGUGGAUGGUCAGCACUGGGGAGUGCGUUCUUUCCUUAGAAACAACCAAGCAGCCCCGUACGCUCUUCAGAAUGUCCUCGGAUGUCAUUUGUGUUCAUCAAAACGGCUGUCUGACAGCGUGGGACUCUGAAAUGAUUGAUGCUGCAGGAACAGCUCCGAAAAUGGGGUGUGGAGUGAAAGAAGUGGUGGUUGAAAAAACAGGCGCUUGGUUCUACACUGCAGAUGGGUCAGAGACAGUAUGGAGAUGGAGUUCAGACACAGGUUUUCCACAUGAUAGCUUCCUGCAUGACAGCCCGGUGGAAAAAGUGCAGCUUUCUCUGAACAGCAUCCACCUUGUGUCACUGUCAGCAGGAGACAUUUACGUUUGGCUCACAGAAACAGGUGAGAAUGUUGUGCGUAUCAGCGGCAGCAGGGCUACAAAUAUCCUGAUUGCCCCUAACAGCAAAAUUGGAGUGAGCAUUUCUAAGCGAGGCCUCUCCCGGGUUUGGAAGAUGGCACAUGGGGGCAUCGUUUGCAGCAUACACCCGUACCUGUCUGACGCUCAGGUGUCUCCAGAGAGCACGUAUCUCAUUGGCCGUUGCGAUGGAGACCUGCUGGCUGCCAGUCUAUGGUCGGGCUCCAUCAGCAAGCGUUUUUCCUGUGUGGAAAGCUCGGAGCAGGUUAUUGCCUUCCAAACCCUUACAGAGCACCCAGACUUUGUGGUGGUGAUGGCCGCCUCAGGAGCAGUGUACACCUGGAAGGUAGCAGAGGAGACGGUGUGCAGGCACUUUCAGCUGCCGUAUACGUUUCAUUGUCAGCCACAAGACUUCCAGAUGUCCUCUGAUGGGAGCUACGCACUGCUGUCCACUGAUAAUGGCACCAUCAACCUCUUAGACUUAUCUCAGGUCAGAUUAUGCUCAUUCAAAGCCGAGGGCCCUGUCAUUAAAGCAUGUUUGGACAAAACCGGAUGCUAUGCUGCCUACGUAUCCCUACCGCCCAUUCUGGAGAAUAGCUGUACCUGCUACCUGCACGCAAAGCCCGUCCUCACAGUCACACGACUUUCAGACGGGGAAAGAAUAGGAAGUGUACGUCUGUCUAAGAAUCCGCUGACAGUUGUGUACGAGUGGCAGUGUGUGUUUGUGGGUUUUGAGGACGGGUCUGUCGGUGUGUACUCUGUUUCUGAUGACGUGAUCGAUGGCGAGGAGUUGGUCAGCAACAGGGAAAGUUUAAAUGGUCAAAUGAAGCAGUGCCCCUUUGACAGAGCAUCAUUCAGCUGGUUUCCUCGAGCCUCCCCCAAUAUUACUUGGCCUUAACCCUUUAUAGAGCACUCCUUGAAAUACUUGUAAAAUGAAAAUUUCAGUCCCAGGGUGUUAUUGACGGAUAUAUGAAGAUAUUUUUACAUUUGUGACUUUGAAAAAAAAAAGUUGUAGGGGGGCUAAUAGAAGAGUGGAAUAAAUCUCCUCAUAUUCCCACAGCUGUUCUUUUGCUCUUCCAACUUUUUAAGACAUACAAGCAUGUGUAUAUGUGUAGAUGAAGGAUUUGAUAGGACAAAAAGUGAUGACAUCAAAUGAUUUCAGAAUUGAAUACUGAUGUAUGUACUGUAUAUUUACAGUGUAUAUUGACAUAUAAAUAAAAUGAUUGCAUGUUUCAGUGGGUUUUACGCUUGUAGAGAACACUAAAUGGACUGUUUUCCAACCAAAUGCACCAUCAUUUGUCUUAGGUUUAGCAAAGCUCACAUGGCACCUCCCUGCAGAAAAACUUUGUAAUGCAUUUGUCUAAGUUUCAUUUCUGUGAAAACAAAACCAUGUCUUAUUUUUGGUACCUUUUUUGAAUAUAUAGAAAAUAUACAUCGUGAAUGUUGCUCACACAAUAGGAUUUCAGCACAUUUUUGUGAAACUAAAUAAUUUGCUAUGAUUGUCUUAUUUUUGUAUAUGUUCUCUGCAUUAAACAAAACAAUGUCGGUUUAACGUG